UGUUUGCAGUGAGAUGUGGUGGCUGUGCAGAGGCCAUCUCCCCUGCAGAGCUGGUGAUGCAUGCUGGAGCUGCAGUGUUCCACCUGGCCUGUUUUAGCUGCAGUCUGUGUUCCUGUCUUCUGCGGACUGGAGACUGCUGUGUCCUCAGGGAAGGACGGUUGCUCUGUGCUAGAGACUACAACCAGGAAGUGGACAGACCCACCUCAUCAGACUCAGGUGAAAGUGAUGAUGAGGAYGAGGAGGAGGAGGAGAAAGGGGAUGAGGGCAGUGUGAAGGCUUCAGGCAGACGUGGCGGCGGAGCAGACGACCCUGAACACAAACGACCCAAACGUCCACGCACCAUUCUGACCACCCACCAGAGACGGGCCUUCAAAGCAUCCUUCGAAGUCUCCUCCAAGCCCUGCCGGAAGAUGAAAGAAGCACUGGCCAGAAGGCAGCAACAGCAGCCGCAACAAGACAGCAAUAAGAACAACGCCAGUCACAUUCCCCUGGUAGGUACUGUACCACCCACUAGCCGCCCUCCUGUGGGCAGUCUAACCUCUGACCAACCCUCUGAGCUUGUACCACCACACCCCAGCAUCAACCACCCCAGGCCUCCAGCAGAGCAGGCCCUGGCCCAGGCCACCUCCUUGGG